AUUCUCAAUCUUGAAAUAUUUCAGAAGAAUGGGCGUAUUAGAAAGAUACUCUCCGGGCUCAGAAGAAGCCCAAGGAAUGAUUGCGAGGUCAAAGCAAGAAGCUUUAGAGUUGAUGAAUGAUGUUUUUGAACACUGGGAACCCAAGCACCAAGCCUGGAUCAUAAACAAAUCAUAUAUUAUAUCAUCUGGGGCAGCUGCACUUCCUGGUCUCAUUCUUUCUAUUAAAUUCAGGAAAUUACUAGGUUUGCGGAAAAUGACAAAAAUCCAAAUGGCUACUUUGCCUGCGGCCACAGUGCUUCCUGGGAUUAUGGCAGGAGUAGGACACAAGAUUUUAAUCACAGACGAUAUUCUUAUUCAGGAGACUGAAUGUCCAGUAUGUGUAGAUGUUCGUUCUAGCGUUAUUCAAUUUACAGCAGGGUUUAUUUUUCCGCUUUUCUUUUCUUAUACUGGAGCAGCAAUAGCAGCUACAGCAAAUAAUGCCAGGAUUGCUCCCAACAAUUUGAAGGGGUGGAUACCUGUUACAAAGGUUAUAUUUGGCCGUAUUCCAAUCUACUUGGGAGGAUUAGCUCUGAUUCAAUUAAUAACUUCCGGAGUUUUAGUUCGAGAAGAAUAUAAUUCCCGAGAUCUCGUGUUGGCUGAACUAGAGUCAAGAUUUAUAGCAGAUCAGCGCAGAAAACAGAUUCAAUAGAUAGAUCUCUAGACAGGAGAAAUAUUUUCAUAACACAGGUCUACCUGGUUAAAGAGAAGUUUAUCAGGUUUUUUGUAUUUUCAGAAAAA